AUGAGGCUCACCACGGCAUCUCUGCUUCUCCUGCUGCUGGUCAGCAGCCUCUCUCCAGUUCAUGGUAUUCUGGAGGCUUACAACACAAACUUGAAGUGUAAAUGUAUCCGAUCAGCCUCCUAUUUCCCCCUACGUUCAAUUGAUAAGAUUCAAAUCGUGUCUCCUGGGAACGGUUGCCCAAAGAAAGAAAUUCUACUCUGGAGGAAGAAUAAGUUAGUUGCCUGUGUGAAUCCUGAAGCCAAAUGGAUACAAAAAGCAGUGGAAUUGUUUCAGAAGUAA